AUGGGGGUGAGGGUCGCGCGCGUGGCCCUGUGCGGCGUCGCGCUGCUCUGCGCGCUGGGCCUGGCCCAGCACCCCCCCGGGGGUCUGAGCUGCGGCCCCGGCCGCCAUCUGCAUGGGACGGGGACCAGCGCGCGCUGCUGCCGCUCGUGCACCCCAGCUGACGGGGUCUGUCCUGAGCUGGACUGCCAGUGUAUCCAGCCUGAGUUCCACUGUGGAGACCCCCAGUGUAAGAGCUGCAAGUACUACUCCUGUCCACCUGGCCAGGGGGCAUGGCCUGUAGGGAAGUUCAACUUCGGCUUCGAGUGCUUCGACUGUGCCGCGGGGACCUUCUCUGGGGGCCGUGAGGGCCGCUGCAAACCUUGGGCAGACUGCUCCAAGCUUGGGUUUCCCACUGUGUUCCCCGGGAACAAGACGCACGAUGCCGUGUGCAGCCCAGGGCCGCCGCCCACGGAGCCGCGUGGCCUGCUGACCGCCGUCCUCGGCCUGGCCGCCUGCAUCCUGGCCCUGACCGUGGCCCAGCUCAGCCUGCACGUCUGGCAGCUGAGGAGGCAGAGAGCGCGGCCCCCAGAGACGCAGCUGCUCCUAGAGGCCCCGCCCCCCCCGCCUGAGGACGCCCGCAGCUGCCAGCUCCCCGAGGAGGAGUGGGGCGCGCCGCUGUCGGAGAGCAAGGGCCGCCUGGAGCACCUGUGGGUUUGAGGCCCCCCCGGAGCUGGCGCAGGCUGGCCCUGGGCCCGGCCCUGCUCCCCUCAAUGGCGGAAACAGGUGGGGGAUGGUGACAGUGACCAGUGCCCCGGAUCACGCAGGAGAGGAGGCAGCUGUGG